AUGAAACAACGAUUGGAGGAAAUCGAACAACGAACAGAGGAUUAUACGAAAGAACAAUUUGGUCGAUUGUAUGCAACACAUGCAAAGACGAUUGAAUCUUAUCUUCGUAGUUGUAUGGAGUUACAUAAAAGUGUACCACUUCGUAGUCUCAAAGGCGAGAUUAUUGGUAGAGUUGUUAAUAGUUUCUAUGAACUUUCUCCUGAAACUCAGAUUGAAUUCGAACAUAAAUGGCAAGGAUGUGAGCUACCUCUCACUCGUACAUUUAUUCAAUUGAGACUUGAUAAAUCCACAUCAUUCGAAAGAAGCGAAUCGCGACGAUUACUUAUCGGAUCAGAAGUCAACUUAUCCCAAGGUCUAGACAGUAAGACACAAGUGACCAAAGGUCUAUGGCAACAAUUGGUGUCAGCACCUUAUAUGUUAUCAAUGGUUGAACAAGAUCGAUCUGUUGAAGAAAAAGAAAAAGAAAUUGUUAAUGAGGAAAAUGUUCGUCGAACAAAACGUUGGAUUGUUAUUUUGGGUGAUUCGGGUAGUGGAAAAACGAGUUUUGCUCGAUGGCUUGUUCGUCAUCUUGCUGAAACAUUUCUUUCCAACAAACAACAUUCGACUGAUUUUGCUUCUCUUCGAAUUCCGAUUCUGAUUCGUAUUGGAGAAUUUGCUGAACUUUGGAGCAAAUCGUCUUCAUUGACUCUAUUUGAUUAUAUUGGAAAACACACAUGGAUGGGUAAAGCCAUUGUUGAUGAUCAAUUGAUUUCUCUUGAUGACUUAUCAUGUGCUCUUCAAGAUUACAUCAAACAAGGUCAAGCUUUGAUUAUUCUCGAUGGUCUCGAUGAAAUUCCAGUUUCCGAUCAACGUUCAAAGAUAAUCAAUAUUGUUGAAAAUUUUGUCGGAACUUAUGUUCAAACACCGACAGGUAGGUCUGUUUUCGAUAAUGUACAUUUGAGCAGAGAUUUCGAUGAUUCAUCUCAAUCUGGAGGAAACCAGCUGAUUAUUACAAGUCGUAUUGUGGGCUAUCAUGUUACUCCUUUAGUUGGUCAAUUUGCUCAUUAUACAAUCCGACCGAUGGAUAAAAAUCAUGUGAAGGAUUUCAUUGAUUAUUGGUUUUAUCAUGUUCAUCAGCAGAUAAUCGAUAUGUUAAAUCUUUCAAAAGAUAAUCAAGGAAAGAAUCAUGGUGAAGUACUUAAACAAGAAUUUGAAAAAAAAGAAAACGUUGAUCUUCUUGAUAUGGCUUCGAGUCCUUGUCUGUUAUCAUUCAUUUGUAGUGUAGCUUUUGGUCAAACCAAUGGUUCACCAUUACCUACUCAACGUAUUGAACUUUAUCAAGAUAUUGUCGAUUCCAUGUUGAAUUCCUGGAGUACUAAAGAAUCGACUAUUAGUAUAUCGAAAUUGAUUCGAAUUCUAAGUGACAUUGCCAUUCAUAUUCAUCAAAAUUUAGCAUCUGGCCUUAUUCACGAAGAUAAUAUGAAAGAAAUUUGCAUUCAAUCGAUCAACGCUUUCUUAAAUGAAAACUUGAACAAUAACGAAGAUCUUUCUGAGAUCGGAAACCAAGCAAAUGAAUUCGUACGAAUAUGUCGUGAAGAUAUUAGAAUUUUGACUGCUCGAGGUGAAUCUCUUUAUGGAUUCCUUCAUUUGACAUUGCAAGAAUAUUUUACUUGUUUGAAACUUACCAAUAUCGAUCAAUUACAACAAGAGAAAUUGCCUAUUCAAGAAUCCAGUUCAGAAAAUAAAGUUCAUCUUGUUACUCAAUUAUUGCAUCGUCAUACGAAUGAUCCACGUUUUCAGGUACCUAAUAAACUUGCAUUGAGCAGGAUUAGUUCUUGUUGGUCACUGGACGAUUUUGAUGAUUUUUGUCGCGAAUUUAUCCGACUUGAAGAUACAGCUGAGUCUCUUUUACCAGUUGGUGCUUUUCUGUUAAUUAGUUGUACUAAUGAUCUUGUUCAUUAUCCUUCGAACAAUGUUUUGUUUGAUGCAUUGGAUCAUUUAAUCAUUGCAGCUGGUCAAUAUCAAUGGUCACUUGUUUGUCCAUUUCUUUUCGAUCGAAUUUCAAUUGCACUAAGAAAAUUUCGAAAUAACAUUGUUUCACUGUGGAUUAAUAAUCUUUUAUCCCGAUCUCCACCACCCAAUAUUCAAACAAUCUCAGCUCUGUGUUAUCUCCUUCAAGGAACACCUGGUGAAUUUGAAAAUAUCAAUUGGUUAGAUCAAUCAUCUUGUUCGAUACUUCAAUCCUUUUCAACACUGGACAAUGAAAAUAAUCAAUUUGCGAUUGAUCGACUUAAUGGUAAAUCUCUGCAAAAAGAAAUCGAACAACAAUUCAAUGAGAUUUUCCCGAAUUUACCUGUUCUAUUACACACAGCUAUAUUUAUUCGAUGUCUACCUCUUCUUCAACGUCAAGAAACAAUCGAGAAUUGUCGAAAAACUCUCCUUCAAAAGUUGACCGAUGCUGAUCAACAAGAUCAACAAGUUAUUUAUGAAGCCUUAGCACCAUAUAUGCAAAUCAAUUCUUCCUUUGCAGCAUUUCAACAACGUAUUUUGAACGACUUAACGAAGGAGAAUUACGAUGACUAUAAUAAAACAAUGAGUAGCAGUUCUUCCGUAUUGAGAAAAUGUUUUACUAUCGGCCCAUAUGAAAAUGUUCUGAAUGAAUCUUUAUCUUUGUCAUUACUUCUUUCCAACAUGUAUCUUGUGCAAUUAGCAAGUGAAGUUCAUGGAUGUAUUGGACCCUCUAAUCGUUUGUCGCAGAUAUCAAAUACUGAUGCGUCGACAACAGAUGAAUCGACAAUAAUAAUGAAAUUAUUUCAACUGAAAAGUCCUAUUUUGACACUAGCACAAGCAUCGACAAUAACGGAUCUUCUUUCUUCUAAUUUAUCAUCAAAUCGAUGGAAAUACUCCAAGAAGUUUUGGGCUGUUUUAAACGAUGCAUUACAUCGUUUAAAUUUAGUUGAAUUCAAAGCCUGUCGAUUGAUUGAGUGUUGGAUGAGAUGGAAAGAAUCAACUGAACUUUCUUUGUUUGCUUUUCAUGCUGCAUUACUUCUUGCUCAAUCAGAUUUCUGUAUUCGUCACUUCACUAAAGACAUAGUCUAUCGUGAAACAACAGACAAUAUUUUGGCGUACGGGUAUCCUGAAUAUGUAGAAGUUGCAAGUUUAAUCGCUGUACGAAUGCCUGCAGCAUUUGUUUCUUGCAUAAAGGACUGUGGAUAUGAAGAUGACUUUAAACGGUCAUUAUUCUAUACGAGUAAACAACAUGAUUUUUCGCGACGUAGUGCAUCUCUAAUCAUCUUAUCAGUAUUUGGCGAGCUGACAGUCGAAUUAUGCGAUAUAUUCAUUGAAGCUCUGUGUCAUGAUCCAUAUAUGCGAAAUACAUGUUAUAAAUGUUUGGCACGUAUCAAUACUAUCAAAGAUGAGAAUGCUGUUCGAAAUCUUUUAUUUUCAUAUCUGAAAUCGAAAUCAAUGAAUACUCGAUAUGCUGCAGCUAAGAUGCUUCUUUAUUUCUCUCAAUCUUCUCUUAUUCUAUAUGAUCAAGUUCGAGUAGCAUUGAAUGAACUUAUGUCGGACCCAACAUCCGAAGAAGAUUUAUGGUUGAUAGAAGAACAGGAAGAUCUUACAGAAUGCUUAUACUAUUAUGUUGGACCAUUAAAAAAUGUUAUCUAUUCUCUUCUCGUGCAACAUUUAACUGGCAAUACAAGUCGAACUGUUCAAAAAAAUGGGCUGAACGAUAUUGACUCGGAUUUUCUUCAAUCUGAUAGAGCAUCAUGUCUUGCUUCAUGUCUUUAUGAAGAAAAAAAAGAAGAAGAGAACUCGGAAAUAGAGAAACCUUCAAAAUCAAGUCAUGUGUUCGAUAAUGAAGAAAAUUCUACUUUGCAUCAUUCAUCCAUUAGUCACUACAGAUCUGAAAAUGAUGAGACACCAUGGAUUCAUGAAAAGCAAGAAGGCGAUGAUCAUGCGCGGCCAUUUAAAAAUGAGGAAGGAUCUAUUGAGAGAGUGGCAACCAAUAAUGAUAUGAAACAAAAGACAGAAAAUGAAGGUAUUGAAUCAUCUAUCGUCGGUGUUGGCAUGUGUCCCUCUCAGCCUCCAUCAAGAUUGUCUAUUUCUGAAAAAAAGAAGAGUACACUAUGUGUCAUUAUUUAG